AUGCUUCCUUGCAAGCCUGCAAAUAAUGUAGAUUGGCCUAUUCCCGGAUCAAUUCAUCUGGCUGAUCCACUAUUUCAUCGUCCUGGCGAGGUAGAAGUGCUACUGGGAAUAGAACUCUUUUUUCAGCUGCUCGAGCCUGGUAAAAUCACCCUCAGUACCGACGGCACUUUACCUACACUACAAAACACUAAACUCGGCUGGGUAGUAGCUGGCCGUUACAACGAGGCCAAUAAUUCGUAUGGCUCUCACACUCCGACCUGUCUCCUCGCCUCGACCGAGGAUACUCUCUCUCAGCAGUUACGUAAGUUUUGGGAGUUUGAAGAGUAUCUCCCAGCAUCCAAUCAUCUUACCGAAGAAGAGCAACUUUGUGAAAAACAUUUCUCUGAUCAUACUAUACGAGAUGAGUCAGGAAAGUUUGUCGUUCGUCUCCCGUUUUUACGCGAUCCCACCCAACUAGGUGAGUCGAAGCAGAUUGCUGCGAAAAGACUUCGCUACUUAGAGAAAAAACUCGAUCGUAACCAACAAUUGAAAGAUGAGUACCAUGCGUUCAUCCGCGAAUAUAUCGAUCUUGGGCAUAUGUCACUCGUUAGUGAUACCAAGACAGAUAGCAAAUCGGUUUAUCUCCCACAUCAUUGCGUGCUCAAAACAACCAGUUCGACCACCAAAUGUUGA